UCCCCCAAAUAAGCCAAAAUCCCCACCGCCGAAGCUUCUCCCCAAUUUGAUAAUCCGGAUUAGUCCGAUGAUCAAGAGAAUUAGAGAAAUUACAAAAUUUAUUACUCAAAAUGAGAAAUUAAAAAAAAAACUUCAUCCAAACAGAGUAUCUACGCUGUUGAAUUUUAUUUCCCAUAACGUUCUGCUUCACUUCUCGUAAUUUUUUUACACCUCAACUUCUCAGCUUUUCUGGUAGAAAAGUCCUCGUCUUUGAUAAUGAUUGUGUGUUGCCUUCUUUGAUUCAUGAAUCAAAGCCCGACCAUUGAGUUCCGCUUGCCGUUGGUAAAAAGUUACGAUCGUUAGUUGAUUGGUUCGAAAACAACAUAGGUUCGCCUAUGUGGUUUUCAUUGAGAUUAAUACCAAACGAGUAGUCGCUUUACUGCCAUUGGCUAUAAUGGCUAGAGUUCUUGCAAGACUCACAUUGAAAAAAGAAAAAGAUAUGUAGGGUAUAAUACUUCUCCUUCACGAACAAUGCAUGAGCAACUCAAAAUAGCUUAGGGAUGACAAACGAGUCGGAUUUGGGGCAGUUACCACCAAACAAGCGUCAUGCCCUAGUGUCCCGCAAAGAGCUGGCACUUUUCGAAUCCAAUCAUUGCGUGACGGGGGAUAAUUAAAAUCCGUCGUGCCCCCAUUUACAAGCAACCCCAUCUCUCCCCUCGUUAUGCUUCCACCACCGGUCUUCUUCUUUCUUCUCUCUCUAUCUCUCAUUCCGUUUCUUUCUGGUGCUCAACACGAAUCAGAUCGAAAAAAUAUCCAUCAAAGCGGCUCUCAAUUGCCAUCCCAACUCAAAAAGUAAAAAAAAAAAUGAAAUGAUCAAGAGACAUCUAGCAUCAAAACGGCGACGUAUAUUGUUAAUAGCGACGUGAUCUUGUUACCCAAUAAUAAUUGCGCUCUCCCUUCCAUUAAUGGCAGAUGUCAAAUCCUAAUUGAUACAAUCAGUUACAGCGGACCACGUGGCGUCAAAAACGAUUGCGUUUCCUCAUAACGAAACGCGUCCGCGAGUGGGGGAAAAUCCUGCAAAUGACCACAGUCGGCUCGCACAUAAUCCCCAUUCUCAUCUCUUUCUUUCUUUCUUUCUUUCUUCUUCCUCCGGAAAUAUAUACUCAUACGAACCUCACCUUCUUCUCCAAUCCAACACAUCAAUUGCCUUUCUCUCCCUCUCUCUCUCUGAACUUCGCCUCUCAGUUUCUGCUGCAAGGGAGAGGAGUGAGCGAGUGAGUUUUUUUUGCAUUAGCGAGUUCCCGUCUCUUCUUGCUCGCGUUUGCUUUGCAACAAUGGCGGCAGCUUCGGCGAGGGUGGAUCUCGACGGGAAGCCGAUCAAGCCGAUGACGAUAUGCAUGAUCGGCGCCGGAGGCUUCAUUGGCUCGCACCUGUGCGAGAAGGUCCUGACGGAGACGCCGCACAAGAUCUUGGCUCUGGAUGUCUACAACGACAAGAUCAAGCACCUCCUGGAGGGCGAGAACACGUCCUUGGCCGAGCGGAUUCAGUUCCACCGCAUCAACAUCAAGCACGACUCCCGCCUCGAAGGCCUCAUCAAGAUGUCAGAUCUGGUCAUAAAUCUGGCGGCGAUCUGUACUCCGGCUGAUUACAACACUCGUCCGUUGGACACAAUCUACAGCAAUUUCAUCGAUGCGCUCCCUGUGGUGAAAUACUGCUCUGAGAACAACAAGCGUCUCAUUCACUUCUCGACUUGCGAAGUGUAUGGUAAAACCAUUGGGAGCUUUCUUCCCAAAGACAGUCCUCUUCGUGAGGAUCCUGCAUACUAUAUCCUUAAAGAAGAUGAAUCGCCUUGCAUCUUUGGCUCGAUUGAGAAGCAAAGGUGGUCUUAUGCAUGUGCAAAGCAAUUGAUUGAAAGGCUGAUAUAUGCUGAGGGUGCUGAGAAUGGCCUCGAGUUCACCAUUGUGAGGCCAUUCAACUGGAUUGGCCCCAGGAUGGAUUUCAUUCCUGGCAUUGAUGGCCCAAGUGAGGGUGUUCCCAGGGUUUUGGCAUGCUUUAGCAAUGCUCUCUUGCGACGCGAACCACUAAAGCUUGUAGAUGGUGGCCAAUCCCAGAGAACUUUCAUCUACAUUAAAGAUGCCAUCGAAGCAGUUAUGCUGAUGAUUGAAAAUCCUGCCAGGGCCAAUGGCCACAUAUUCAAUGUGGGCAACCCUAACAAUGAAGUAACUGUUAGGCAGCUUGCUGAAAUGAUGUCAGAGAUCUAUGCCAAAGUCAGUGGCGAUCAGGCUUUGCAGUCACCAACAGUCGACAUCAGCUCAAAGGAAUUUUAUGGAGAGGGAUAUGAUGAUAGUGACAAGAGAAUCCCAGACAUGACCAUCAUCAAUAGGCAACUCGGUUGGAACCCGAAGACAUCACUGUGGGACUUGCUGGAGUCGACUCUCACCUAUCAGCACAGGACGUAUGCCGAAGCUAUUAAGAAGGUUAUAGCGAAACCCACAGCGAGCUGAAGAAAUACGUAAGAGAAUGUUUGAACUAUACUCUUUUGAGGAAGUGCCACAAUUCAUUGUAAUGAAGUCCUUUCGAAAAAGUACAACUUGAUAGUUUGAUUCCCUCCCCCACAUAGGCUUAUGAUUUCAAUUUUUUCGUUCUUUUGCCCCAUUCUGGGGAUUCCUCUUGGUCGUGCCAGAAACUGAGAAACAGCGAGAGUCCACUGUAGUAUUAAGGAAUACGUUUUGUUUACGGGAGGUUCUUAGUUCCGAACAUAGUCAUGAAUGCUGCUGUUCUCUUGUUGCCAUACAUUUGUAAGUGGAGCUUUGGUCUGUUUACUAGGGCAAGAAGGGACGAAAUGUACAAGUUGGUUCAGUGGAUGAAUUGUUCAGAUGGGAUGUUUGCUCUUGCUUUGCCAAUGACGUUUCUCUCUGUAUCUUCACCUUGUAUGAAGGUUUUUAGCUUGUUUAUUGUCUGCAUAUUGUGCUUCCUGAUUUCAUGGUUAGUAGGGGUGAUUUCGUCUUGGGACUAUGACCAUUGGUGCAUAAUGUACAUGUUUCGUUGGGUUGCUGCUUUCGUUCUAGAGGACGAGAACUGUUUCCCUUCACUUGUUAUUCUUGUCAAAGCAACUUGCUGCUCCUUGUCUGUGUCAUGGCUUGAAGUUCUGCUUUGAAUCGACGGCAAUUGCUUGUUAUUGUGGUAGCUGGUUCGAUGAUUUUUCUGAUCUUGUUCGGUGCUCCAGUACGACUACCGUCACGCUGCCUCUCUCUUGUAGUAGGCUAGUAAUCUCCUUACACUAGUCUGCACUUCUUAUCGAGCUUCGACUUCAGAGCACUGCAUCUGGCCAGUUGGAAGUGGUCAGCCUUAGACAAUGAUGAAUGACUCUCACCUUUCCAUUGCCAUAUGUUCAUCAGUGAGCGUUCUAACUUCUGUACUUCGCGGUGCGCGAACUAUUCCAACACAUUGAUCGGUCUAUCAGGCAGUGACCCUUAGACCCUUGUUUCGUCGAGAAAUACAACGUGCAAGCGGGUUUAGAAUACGAUGAACUUGCUUUGUUUCUCCCGCUUUUGUGGUAGCUUAAGUGAAUGAGUGAAGAUCAAGUAAUCUUAACUCACAAGAACUUCCUUAUACAUCAUCAAAUACGAAAAUAAGAAAGCAAUAUGAGAAAGAACUGAUAAGUGGUUUCCACUGUCCAGUGGGGCUAAGAUCAGGUGGCUAGGGGGUCCCUUAGUCACAUGGCUAAGUGAAUCUCAGCCACUCAAUCUCAUUAAAAUCCAAGGGCUCCUAUUAAUUCAAUUUAAUGAAGGGCAGUAUAGUAAUUACAUGUUUAUUAUAUUUAUCAAUUAAAAUAAAAAAAAACCUGCCACUAACUACCGUCGUCGCGGCCAACGGGCACCAGCUCCCUUCUCCGGCCCGGCGACAUGACCUUUUUUCCCAGUCUCGCCGGCGGUCCUCUCUUACGCCGACGAUGUGGGGAAAAUACUUCUUCGGCGGCGUGGGCAUGUUCCUAGGGGGAGGGUGUCAUUAAUUCCAUUUUCCCUCCAAGGCUCCUAUGGGAAUUAUUCCUGUGCGAGAGAGAGAGCCUAUGGGAAUUGUUUGGAGAGGGAGAGCCUAUGGGAAUUGUUUGGGGAGAGAGAGAGAGCUUAUGGGAAUUGUUUGGGGACGGAGAGAGAGAUUUUGUUAGUAUGCUUUGUAUUGUUUGUCGGUUUAUUUUGUAAUGUUUGUACGCUUUGUUAUUUUGUAAUGUUUGUCGGUUUUUUUGUAAUGUUUGUACGCUUUGUUAUUUUGUAAUGUUUGUCGGUUUUUUUUGUAAUGUUUGUAAACUUUGUUAUUUUUGUGUUUCGUAUUUCAUUUUUGUCAACCAUGUUUGUAAUGUUUUUUAUGUCUAAAAAACACCCGGGUUGACU